GCGCUAGGACCCAGGGUGCGCGAUUUUUCAUCUCCAGCUGCUGCGGUCUGAAAACUGGCGAUGAGGGAAGAUCGCGAGGACAAGCCAAAAUGUGAUACUGUAUACGUUUUGCUUUAGAAUUAUAUCCAUAACACCCAACGGAAGUACACAACUGACAAACUAUAGUUUGUCAUUCUCUGAAAAUCACUCAUUUACAAGUCCCGCUAGCAGAUUGAAGCGCAAGUGUAUGCACAUGAGGUGGACCCUGUCUAGGCAGAUGUGAACUCCACUUGAGGGAUGCUGUGUUAAAAAAAGGAAAAAAAAGCAUAUGCAGGUGGAUCCCACUCCAAUGAAUUUAGGGGAUGGAGGCAGGGUGAGCAGAGAGACCAGUGCUCUGAAGAAAGUGUCUGCUAGCAUGGUGGGUAAUCCCCCUCAGACGUUGUCCCCUGAGCUCAGAGGAGAUGUACCACUCAGUCAGCAAAACAAAACCACCACAGUUCCAGACUGUAAGAUGGCAAACGCCUGUUCAGAACCUGGCAGUUUCAACCGCUGUCCAGAGGUUCCUCCCCCUCAGCAAUGCAACAAUGCCCCAAUGCCCGGCCCUGCCCUUGUAAGCUCUAACAAGAGAGCAGAAAAAGUGCCAGAAGUCCCCAAACACAUCGCGGACGAUGUUUCAGUUUUGCCCGCUCACCAGUGGCCUACUGACACUAAAGUCAGCCAAGAAAACCCAGUUAAUCCAAGUCACAGCAUUGUGACAUCAAAUAAGAAAUCAUAUACAGUAACCCAGUCAGUGAUUAGUCUUCCUACUGGGUUUCAGCGCUCAACCAUAUAUAAAUCAGGUCAGUCUGUUGCAUUUCUUCCUUCUACUAACUUCUCUUCUUCGCUCUGCAAAAUCACUCUUCCACCUGCGUUGGGUCAGAUUGCAGCUUUGAGAGAGGCCACAGCAAGCCAGUUUCAAAAAGAGACCCAGCCACAGAGCUCAGGGGCUGGAGGACCCACACUGCUGCGGACCUUCCCUUAUCACUACUCUCUGGGUCGAGGCCCCACCCCGGAGAAGAAAGCAGCCACAUCAACCUCCAAACUGAAGUGUAGCUCUACGUCCAGCAGCAAGGGCUCCAAAGCCGCAGGGGAGCAUAAAUCCACCAUUGCCUCCGUGGUGGCCUCGGCGACUAUGGCUCUCCCUAUACAACACCCAGCAUUAGGACCUGCUCCACCAAGCCGCAUCACCUUGUCUCCCACCGCCACCAUCUGCUGUGGCUCCGCGCAGGCCGGCAGCACCACUCAAAGCAGGUUGCUGAACCAUGUGGAGAAAGCCGCGCCACACCGUGGCGUAGACAAGACGUCCGCAGGCUUUCUGAAACUGAAGAGUCCAUCUGCUACUGACGACAACACUGCUUCCUGCCCAGUCGAGGCAAGAGACGUGCCUCUUGACUUGUCGGCUAAGUCGAAACGUCCAAAAAGUGUCAUCGAACGUCCCAACGCAGUGGCCACAGCAGAGCAUCAGGCGGCCGCUCACGAGUCACAUAAGAAAGAUGCUGUCAACUCCAAAAGGCUGACGACCUAUGCUUCUACUGCACCAUACCCGAUCUUGCCCAACACCCACAGAAAUGGUGCCCAUCAAAAACCAACCAAUCGGCCACCAAACUCCCAGGUCCUAGAAUCCAAGUCCUCCUGGGCAAAAGGAUGCUCACAAGACUCCAUAAGUAACCUCCCAGGAACCUAUGUGGGCGUGGCAAGCCCCAUUCUUGCUUCCACCCUACGUAGCAAAGACGGGAAGGGUACUUUUGUCGAUGAGUUUCAAACCUUCGCCAAACAAGAAUUUAUUUCCAUCAUUGAUCAAGGGGAGCAACUUCCCACCAGAGGAAAGAAGCCAUCGUUUAUGACAAAGGGCAACCAACACGUUCAUGGGGUCAAGCACCCAAACAGCACCAGCCCUGCUGUAAACCAGAGCUGCCCCUCCAAAGGGGCUUUGAGCACAGCCCUCCCUGGCUCUGCCAAUGCAUUCUCUCACCAGAAGCCGGGAUCUGGCAAAGCAGCGACGUCAUAUUCUGCCUCUGUCAUCAAGCCGUUGUGGCAGCAACAAGCCCUCCUUCCUCGCCAAGGGGCUUCUGUUCAGAGAAAGGUCAUGCAAGGAACCCCAAAGAUCAAGGCCUCCACAGGUUCUGAGGGUCCCAAAUUCCACAGUGCUGAUCAAAGCCUGUCCAGAAUGGAGGAUGACAAAUGGGAUAGGAUCAAGUCCCCUUUGUCCAAUCUUGAGUCCAUAGUAAAGCAGAAAGCUCUGGAGACAACUGCUCUGACAGGCGAGGGGUACUGUCAUUUAGCACCAGUGGCAUCCAGGAAGCCUGAAACCACGAGCUCACACACUGAGAGCAGAGACCCUCUCUGCCGACAGACCACUACUACAGGAAGUCCUGCGGAGAACAAGGACGGCGGACCAGAAAGCCCGUCCUCCCAGGGGGAUUACACGCUAGCUAUGAGCAGGCUUGAGAAACACGAGUCCAGAGACAAGAGCAGCGAAAACAAAUGUCACGAGGGUAAACACAACGGACGCAACGAAAGCCAAGUCUCUACGAAGAGUCCUGCCCACACCCAUGCUUUUGGAAGCAGCGCUAAUAGAAACCGGAUGGAGAGCAAACUGGCCCAGGAGUUGGAAGGAGUUCUGGUGAAGGAGGCGAGUGUGAAAUCUGGCAGGAUCUCUCCCCAUGCCAAACUGGAGGGGAUCGCUCUGUCCAUCCUCACAGGCCAGUGCACGACUGGAGCCGAGGUGGAGAAGAAAACCAAAGGACCCAAAGAGGGGUCCCGCACUGACGUUAAAGUUGCCCUCACCAAACAGAAGAAAGCCACUCCCAGAAAGCCAGCUAAGCAGAGGUCGCCGUCAGAUCCUCUGAAGAAGGCCGCGUCGGCAGCUCCGAAGGAGAAGGAGGAGGCUAAUGAAAACAACAAGAAAACUCUGCGUCCUAAAAAAAAGAAACCAUGUAGUCCUGUGCUGGAGCAGACACCGUCUGUGGAGGAAGAAGCUUCCCAGCGUGGAGACGGAGAGAGGAGCAGCCCCUGCAACGGGGAGCCGGCCGCCCACACCCAGCCAGGUAUUGGCAGCAGCUCAGCUCCCAGCCUCCAGAGCCCCGAGGCUCCAGUCAGUCAGUCUCUCGGCGGCUCCGGCAGACCCUGCAAGGAGCCAGAGACCUCAGAGAGCUGCACCCCCCGACUGAGGAGGGGCAGACGGAGGGCUGACGAGGCCCGGCUGGACCACUGGGGCUUUUGUACUCCCUCUCCUCCUCCCCCGCCUCCCCCCCCUACACUCCCCGCUCCGCCCGUCCGACGCCCCCGAGGGCGGCCGCGCACCAACCCCCUGCCGGAGCAGAGCAAGGCCAAGUCUGCAGCGAGCGCAGAGGGAGAGACUCCCACGCGCAAGAAACGGAGGCGCUGCCGAAACAGGAAGUACCAGAAUGGGGAGUACAUCACCGAGAGAGACAAGGUUGUGGACGGAGAGGAGGAGGACAUACCAGAAUCCACCAGACACGUAACCAGAGCUGCAGGAGACUUGAGGACUGGCAUGUACCCGCGCCUCAGUGCCUCCCUCACCUGCCACUCUGCCAGCCCAGAGCUGACCCCCAGACGGCCCCCGUUCACCCGCUCAGGCUCCGUCCGCCUCCGUGAGAAGGACGUCUCCCCGGAGCCCCCAGAGAAGCCCUCGGGAAAGAGGAAGUUCAAAAGCAAGCACCUGUGCGAUUCUGAAGAGCAGAAGAAGUUGAAACCCAAGCGUGGCAGCUUGGGUAAGCGUUCCUCCCUCAUCACUACGGAUGAGGAAAGCCCUGACGCCAAGAAACCAGCAGGCCCCCCGGCCACCCCCAAGGGCUCUCCCUCUCCCCUAUACAAUAAGAAAGGCUCGUCAGUGAAGGGAGGAGCCCCGGAGGCUCCGCCCAGUCGGCCCGUCCCCCCGGAAGUCCGUCGACUGAUCGUCAAUAAGAACGCCGGAGAAACUCUGCUCCAGCGAGCCGCCCGAUUGGGUUACCAGGAUGUAGUGCUGUAUUGCCUCGAGAAGGACGUGCGAGAAGUGAAUCGCCGUGACAACGCCGGGUACACCGCCCUCCACGAGGCGUGCAGCCGAGGGUGGAGCCAGAUCGUCCAGGUGCUGCUGGAGCACGGAGCCGACGUCAACUGCAGUGCUCAGGACGGAACGAGGCCCAUUCAUGACGCAGUGGCUAGCGACAACCUGCCGGUUGUGUGGAUGCUGCUGAACCACGGGGCAGACCUCACCCUGGCCACGUACUCUGGACAGACCCCCGUCAAACUGGCCCAGAGCCACAGCAUGAAGACCUUCCUCAAAGAGUACUUCACAGAUCUGGAGGGGCGCAGUGAACAGGACCCCAGUCUUUCCUGGGAUUUCUACAGCAGCUCCCUGUUUGAGUCUGAUCAGGAAGCCUGCUGGGACUACCUGCUCUCACAGGAGGAAAAGGAGGAGCAGGAGGAGAAAGAUGGGAGGAAGGAGAGAGACUGCCUCCUGUUUGAGUUCUCCUCAGAGCCCCUGUUACCCUGCUACCAUGUCCAGGUGUCAUUAACCCAGGGAUUUUGCAAUUGGUUCCUGUUGGCGGACGUCCUCAAGCGUCUGAAGAUGUCUCCGAGAAUAUUCCGGGCACGGUACCCGCACUUUGAGGUGGUGAGCCUGGCCCGAGCGGAGCUGCGUAGACAGGUGUCAGUCAGCCAGGUGACCUCAGCCCCUGCGCAGCCCCCGAGAGACUCCAUAGAGGGGCAGGAGGAGGAGGGAGAGGAUGGGGAGGAGAGGGAGGGCUCUGUGGAGCUGGUGCGCUGUGUUCUGGAGCUCCAGGGUCUUCUGGGCUCCUCCAUCCACGUCCUACACGAGGAAGAUGAAGGGGAGGAGGGAGGGAAGGACAAAACCAGGCAAUGCCACCGGUAGCCCCCACACUCCCACCUUCAACACCACAUUACUGUUUCCCUCCACCCUACCCACCCCCAGAUGUGGAGCCGUCCAUUGCAGUGAGGGGCGUGGCUUAAAACUGCUCUCCACCUGCGUCACGAGGAGGAGCAGGUCUCAGAAAGGACCUUGGACCCUGCUGCUUGAGAAUAGAGGCCACAACAACAUGAGCAGGUGGGAGUGCUUAGACCUGGAAAGAAACUUUCAGGAUCCUAUCAGUUGGGAUUUUUCAGUCCCCGAGAACUGUUCUGAAAGCAUUUUUUUUAUUUUUUAUGAUGAUGUAUAGCAUUGUAGUUAUAUAUGUAUAUCUUGCCAUCAGGGUAAAAGCAUUUGGUUGAGAUGUAGUCUUGUGGCAAGGAAUGAAUUACAUUUAGGCCUUUUUGGUUUUGUUCCGUUUGUUUGUUCCUGAGGGAAAGUGAAUAUUUUCGGUUGGAGAUAAUCCAAGGCUUUUAUCUUGGUGAACUCUUGCGUGCAGCUAAGAAGCUUAUGGCCAGCUAACAGAAGCAGGCAGGAAGGCCACUGGGCCAGAUGGUUCCUCCCUUAAACCUGGGACCCAAAGGCCGACAGAGGAGAGACUAUGGCACAUAUACCCUUCUUCCCUAACACAAACACAUCUGGCCAUCUCACAACCUACAAGUCCCUGUUUCCAGCAUUCCACCUGGAAUGUCACAGAAUAUUCUCAAAUUCACCAGUGGAUGGAUGUGUAAUUGACUGUUUCUUGUCUGUUAAUUUUGCUGUGUGUCUAUCCUUUACCCACCUAGCUUAAACUCUUCAUUUAGAUUUUGAACAGAUUUAUCGUGAGGAAAUUGAAAACAAAUGUGUUUACAGAUCGCAGCAGAUUGGAAAGAUCUCACUGUAUUUUGUUUUUUUCCGCUCCUCAACGGCCCACUCCCUGUAAUGGAAAUGAUGUAGAAUGUUGGGAGACGAACCUCCACUAUGCUGCAGAACAGUCUGAGGAGGGACAAACAGAGCGGAUGUCCUCUCACUGCAACUCUUGGCCGUCCCUCAGUUCCACCGUGCUUUGUCGCGCGCGUGUUUUUAUUUACGAUGUUUGUUUUUUGUGCUUAAUUUAAUAGUCAUUAAUAUAUUUGACCUCUUAUGUACCUGAGACUAUUGAUGGAAUUUGCUUUGUAUGGUUGGUGCUUCAUUUUGAAAUGUAACUAUUAAGGACUUCUUGAUCCUGAGGUGUGUUGUUUUUCAUUGCAGACAGUAUUUUAAAAGGCAAAAGUACAGUUUUAUUGUACUGGUGCUAAGAUAGAUUUUGUGUUGACAAUCAAUGAAGUUUUUGUUUGAAGUUAAAAACCAAUAAAUGCUAUUUAAGAUGAAGAGAAAGAAAUGUAAAGAAAGAGUAUAGUUUCAUUACCUAUGAUGAAAAUGGCUAAACAUCAAGACUCGUAAAGGACAGAGCUGCUUGUGUGAGUACUGUUUAAAACAGGAUAACCUUUUAGAUAUCAACCAGAAUAAAGCAUGAUUGUGAAGCAUUGAUUUUUGACUUCUAACAUAUAAAUUUCAAAAUUUUGUAAACUUCUCCUUUUGCUGUUUUAUGUAUUUUUCAAUGUUAUUUAACUAUUUUUUUCCCCAUAUUAACAGUUCGCACUGUAAUGUAUAGCAGGCAUUACGUGUGAUUGCGAUAUCAGUAGGGUACUAAUAUUAAUUUGAAACUUGAUUGUCAACAUGAUGUCAGUGUUUUAUCUAAUGUAGGAUCAUUAUGUCAUGCUUCACCGGAAAGGCUUGUUUUAACAGCCCUUGGGACGACUGAUAAAAGCAAUUUU